AGAACAACACUAUACGCAAUGUCCGCAAAAGUUCGAACCGACAAACCCGCUAUCAAAAGCGCAGCCCCUCCCCAUAGUAUCACGAACGCUGAGGAAUAUCGAAAAGACACGGAAGAACUCUCCCGGGAGAUAUUAUAUCAUGUCAUUCAACGACUCGAAGGCGGGCCGCAAGCUUCAAGACAAGACUCCAUCCACUCAUCAAGCAAAAAUAACAGCGAUGACCUCGAAGUCUUUCGUUUCUUUGUCGUCACGAUGAUCGCCAUCUCCGUCUUCGGCGCCUCAACCUUCGCCGUCAUCGUAGGAGAAAUGACCGACCCCGCAGACAUUUGGGACCCAGAACCGCCAACCUUUACUCUCAAAACAGUCCGGCUGUUUCUCGCAGUAUCAUGGCUCGCGUUUGCCGUGUCCAUCGCUUUGGCUGGUUAUAGCGGGAGUUUUCUUGCGCUGAUGCGACAAAAGACAAAGGGUGAGAUUGAUGAGGAGACGAUAAAGAAGUGGACGCCUGCUGGGCUUGUUGUAUCUGCAGCAUUGCAUCUGCUCAUUGUCACGGGGUUCCUUUUUAUGGCGCUUAGUCUUGUGGCAUACGUUGGAUCGUUUGGUUGGGUUAUUGUUGGGUUUUCUGGCUUGAUGUAUGUUGUGGUUUUUUAUUUACUUGGUGCGCAGUUUCGCGCCUUGUGAAUUGAUAUGUCAACUGGGCAAGCCAUUUUAUAGCAUUACGGAUACUUACGGCAUGGCUCUUAG